AUGUUUUGUGAGAAGUGUGAGAAGGAAAUUGGCAUAGUCAUUACCCCGGAUACAUGGAAGGAUGGUGCUCGCAAUACCAUGGAAUGUGGUGGAAGAAAGCUGAAAGAGAAUAAAACUUUGACUUCAAAAAAGGCAAGGUUUGAUCCAUAUGGAAAGAACAAGUUUUCCACCUGCAGAAUUUGUAAAAGUUCAGUUCACCAGCCUGGCUCUCAUUACUGCCAGGGCUGUGCAUACAAGAAGGGCAACUGUGCAAUGUGUGGAAAAAAGGUUUUGGAUACCAAAAACUACAAGCAAACAUCCAUCUAG